AUGCAAAAAUCUUAACUUAAAUAUGCUAAAACACCGCAAUACCUAAGAAGGAGCUCAUUGAAUUCAUAAAAUUCAUCAAGCCCUAAAAAGUUAGCAAAUUAAACAUAAGAUCAAAUGACUGGUAGCCAACAAUAAUUAGAGAUGUCUAAAUCAUAAUAAUCAUUUCGUAGUUCUAAUAGUCCUGUUGGCCAUUGUUAAUCUGUUAGGUAUGUUUUAUGAUAAUAAUUUAGCUCUAAAACAUUCCCUUAUCCACCUUCUCCUACUAGAACUUUGUAAAAAAGACCCUCUUAAAUCAUUUCAAAGUAAUAACUGUAAUAAAUGCAUGAACGUUCAAUCAUUAAAAUGCUUGGACUUAAAAUGGAAGCUAUCUGUACUAAAAAUUCUCAUGAAAAGAAUAAGAUGGUUUUUAUUUGCUAAUAUCCAAAUUGUGAUGCAGAUAAUCGAUUAGGUUGUUCAUAUUGUUAAAUUGAAUAACAUGGAAAUCAUGCAUCUCAUAAUAUGGAAAUAUAAACAUUUUGUAAGAUAUUUGAUGACAGAAGACAAUAAGUAUAUAUAUUAUAUAAGUAUUUCAUAGUUUGAUAACCUCUGUAAUUAAAUUAUGAGAGUUCCUGAUAAAAUUACUUAAGUCAAGACUUUUUUCGGAAAAUUGAGAAUAACUGUCUAAGAAAGAUUGUAAUAAAUUGAAGAAAAUGUAAUCAAAUCAAUUGAUGAAGAACUAGCAUGGUAACCUUUAGAAAGAGAUCUUUAAAAUAGAGUUAAUUACUUAAGUAGCAAAAAUAUAUUUGACAUGAGUUAGGAUGAACUUACUGAAAGUCUAAGUUUUAUCUAAGGAAAACAUCUCUCUGAAGUUGAAUACAUUAUUAAUGAAACUGAAAAAUAUCUAAAUUAGAAAGUUGAUUAAGUUCAAUCAUCUUGGAAUGAUUUUAAAGAAUAAUUAGAAUUUGAAUUAAAUACAGCUUUAGGUGAUAAUAAUAAAAUUUAAAUUGUUGAUUAAAAAUAACGAAAAGAAUAUGCUUAAUAAAAAUUAUAGAUUUUAGCAUAAAAAUAAGAAAAGUAUCUUGAAUAAUUUAAACCAUUUUAAAUAAUUAUGCAUGAAAUUUAAGAAGAAGAAAGAAAAAUUGAAGUAUAAAAAUAAGAAGAAGCUCAAAAAUAAAUAGAAAUUAAAAAAUAACAAAUAAUAUAAAUGAAAAAAGAGUAGAAAUAAAGAGAAUAAGAAUAAAUUAAACUAAAGGAAGAAUAAAAGAAAAAAGAAAAAGAAUUUGAAAGAGAAAAACAAUUAAAAACAUUUCCUCAUAUUUUAUACACUUAAGAUUGUCCUCAUAGAUUACCUUGUAAUACGAUACCAAUUUUCUCUUGUUGUAAUAAAGCAUAUCCUUGUACAUAAUGUCAUGGUUAUUAAUAUCAUCCACCUAGAAUCUCGAUUCCAAGUUAUAGAUAUUGUAUGAAUUGUUUAGAAAUUUACUUGGUAGUUUUCCCAACAAAUCAAUCAGUAAAUUGUCUAAAAUGUCAGAUUUAAUAAUCCUGA